AGCACAUUACCUCACUGCGAGCCAGGGGCCACUCCCCGCCUAAACCGAUAACGAUUAAACACUGUGAAAGUAUUGGAAGUACGACUGAAGAGUAUAAAUAUGAAGGCGUUUAGGACAGUUCUGUUGUGCUUAGGCACCCUCUACGUCGCCGCCGCCGCUCCCGUCGCCCGAGAAAGCGCCCCCCAACAGGCCGAGUACGAAUAUGACUACGAGUCCUCCGGCCAAGUCCAGGCACAGGAGCCCCAAGAGUCUGCAAGCCAUUAUGACGCUUAUAUCCAGGACGUUAAGGCCGCUGCCACCGGCGACAACCAGAAGAAGGGUUUCAGCAGAGGCAGCGGUCUGAGGACCAUCGCUGUAGGCUCUGCCAAUCAAGCGAAGACAGCGCUGGGUAACCAAGCGGCUGCGGCGUACCAGGCGGCGUAUGUAGCGAAGAACACUUUAGCCCAGUCAGCGGCUCAGGCUAGUGCGACAGCGCAGGCAGCGCUGGCUGGAAAGCAAGUGAUUCUGUCGGGGUUGGAGCAGCAAGUCAGAGACGCUAAGGUCGGCCUGCAAGGAGAAGAAAUGCAGCUGCAGCAAGCUAAGAGAGCAGCCCAGUCCGCGGCGCAAGCGGCUCAGCAAGCUAUGCACCAGGUGAACGUGAUCCAAGCUGCCCUGAACGCCGCGCAAGCUACCUCAGAAAACGCCAACGAAGCAGCGUCCCAAGCUGCCGGUGAGCUCGGAGCACAGACCGCCAUGGUCGGCGCUGCACGACAGAGGCUGCAGACCCUGCAGGAACAGCUGCAUGGAGUCAGGAUCGACUUCGAGGCCACCCAAUCUGCUGCUAGGAAGGCUCAGGCGGCGGCCCAACAAGCCCAAGCUAACGCCGCGGCAGCGGCAGCCAAGGCAGCAGCAGCUGGUCUAGGAGGUCAGAAGGACUCCUCCCACGAAGAGGGGUCCAGCGCCCAGGUCCACUACGAGACUCAAACCUCACAGCAAAUUCACCCCAAUCAUGAAGACACCAUACCCACAUUCGACAAUGCACUCGAAAAUACCUCACUUAAGCCCAUCGUGCUUGACAUUGACCCAUACGCAACAAAACCAGUGCACUCCAAACCAGUUGACACAGUGGAAAUAGAGAUUUUACCAGAUCCAUUUGCUUUUAACCAGCACAAAAGCACAAAACCUCGAGCCUUACCGGUCAAGGCAUUUAACGUAAAGUACUUUGCGAAUCAAAAGUUACAAAAACUAACAGCCAAGCCGAUCAAAUUGUUAGACGCAGAUUCGUUCGAAGAAGUGUUUCCCGAUGAUUAUGUAGAUCUGAACAAAUUUUUCAAGAAACAAGGAAUAUGGUCGCAAGGAAGUAAAUGGUGAAGUUCAUGACGCACCUGCUGAAGAGGCUGAGGAGGGUGAUGAAGAAGAAGAGGAAGACUGCGAAGAAGAGAAAUAAAUAACCAAAUAG